AUCUUGAUGAAAAAAACGUUAAGCCCUUAAAAACCCACCCACAUUCUCCCAUACAUACAUACGUGUGUUUAAACAACCCUAACGCCUAAUUAAUCUAAUCCAAAGUCCACCACAUACUAUACUCUGAUUGAAAAAAGAAUGGGUGGUAGUGGGAGUGGGAGAGGAAUCGGGAUGGGAAUAGGAGGUCGGAGUGGAGUCGGAGUCGGAAAUCGAACUGUGUUGAUAACUGGUGUUAGUAAAGGCAUAGGAAGGGCUCUUGCGAUUGAAUUGGCGAAUCGUGGUCACACCAUUAUAGGGUGUUCCCGUUCUCAGGAUAAGCUCGAUUCCCUUCAAUCUCAACUUUCUUCUUCUUCUUCUUCUUCUAACAAGAAUAAUCAUCUCUUCCUUAACGCCGACGUGAGGUGUAAUAACAGCGUUGAAGAGAUGUCACGCAUUGUAAUGGAGAAAAAGGGUUCUCCUCCUGAUGUUAUAGUGAACGGGGCAGGUACCAUUAACAAGAACAACAAGAUGUGGGAGGUUCCAUCUCAAGAGUUUGAUUUGGUAAUAGAUACAAACUUGAAAGGUACUGCCAACGUGUUAAGGCACUUCAUCCCUCUAAUGCUCUCCUCAAACUCAACCAAGAACCAGGAAGGAAUAAUAGUCAACAUGUCUUCUGGUUGGGGUAGAUCUGGUGCAGCACUUGUAGCACCUUACUGUGCAUCCAAAUGGGCUAUUGAAGGACUCACUAAGUCUGUCGCCAAAGAGUUACCUCAAGGUAUUGCAGUUGUCGCUCUCAAUCCUGGUGUCAUCAACACUGACAUGCUUGCUUCUUGCUUUGGUGCUUCCGCAUCUCUCUAUCAAUCACCCGAAUCAUGGGCUUUCAAGGCUGCCACCAUGAUACUCAAUCUUACUCCAGCGGACAAUGGCGCUUCUCUCUCUGUUUGAACUCAUCAUUCUAUUAGGGAUUAUCAUCUUGUUAUGCCUUUAUGGUUAAGUGUAGUGCAUUUGGAGGAAUAAGGAAGGACAUUGAUUGUGGGAAAAAGGAGACUUUUGAAGAGCCUAAUCCUUUUGCUAAUGAGGGUGAACAAGUUGCUUCUGUUGGUUAUAGGUAUAGGAGAUGGAAGCUUGAUAAUGAUAUGUAUCUUGUUGCUAGGUGUGAGGUUCAUAGUGUUGUUGAGCUUAAUAACCAGAGAUCUUUCCUUACUUUGAA